AGCCAACAGUAGUGCUCGAAUGACAGAUUUCUGCUUGCUUGCUCCCUGGGGUUGCGCUUAUCUCAAUUUCUCAUAACCCACCUCACUUAUCGCUCAAAUCUCUGUCCUCGUGCCUCAUGGCUCCCCCGCGGCAACGGACGGCAGCCGUCCAGGACGACUCGAGAUCGGAGGGCUCCAGUACUACUAGAGAACACAAAACCACAGGUGCGAAGUCUCGCAAAGGUGCCAAUGGGUCUCUGGCAUCAUCUGUCACCAGUCGAGAAGCCAAAGCCUCUGGGAACCUUGCGAAUGUCACCAGUGCCCCCGCUGGGGGAAACGUUUUAGAUGUGCCAAAGAUCCCCUGGAACGAGAUGCCCCUUGACCUCCUCCAUUCGUACCGACAUGCCUACAAACUUUCCUCCCCCAGUGCCUUCACCAGCGAAUACUCCCACCUCCUUCUCUCCAGAGGCAUUGGCCUGCGAUCCCCGACAUCAAUCGCCGCCCAGCGCGCUCACCUUCAAAGUCAAAAUCAAAUGACAAAUGGCACCUCCCAACCUACUACCAGCACCACUAAUACAUCUACCGCCGCCCCCGCUGCCCCGAAAAAAGCUCUGCACGGCAAUCCCUCUUCGGCCCCCAAUGGCAUCGGCGCGAAGCACAAAGACCGGCAGACCCAGAAGCAAGCACCAAGCGCAAUCAACGGGAAGAGCGCUCUCCAUCACAUCAUUGGUCAAGACCGAGUGAGCAAGAACCAACUUGCCCUGUCGGUCCGCAAACACUUCAAUAGUGCUGGUCUCGCAGAGCAGGAGGCAAUUGCUCGGUUUCUAUACAAAGUUCGGGAAGAAGGGAGAGGGCGACAUUUCCGGUUGAGAUUCCAGCCCUGA